AUCAAGUUAAUUAGGUAUAUUUGAACUGAUUCACUCCGAAAAGUUUUAUUAACAAUAAAUAUCAAACUCUCCUCAAGGUGUUAAAGUGUUAUUAAUUAUCACUAAAAAUUUUAAAAUAUUUUAUUGUGUACGAAAAAGAUAAUUUGGUAUAUUAUAUAAUAAUAUCAGAUUACUGUCAACAAUGAUUGGACUUGGAAUCAUCAUUGUUGUUCUAUUUAUUGCGUUUUACUUCUAUCAGCAAUCACGUAGAAACACAAAAUACAUGCGAAAUGUUCCAGGACCCAAGCCGAAUAUAUUUUUUGGAAAUUUAUUGGAAUUUGCUUUUAUACCAACACACAAGUAUUUAGACGUCUUUUUAGGGUUUAUACGUGAUUAUGGUAAAUUAGUCAAGGUCUAUGAUGGACCAUUUAGUAUGGCAAUGAUUGCUACAGAUGAAAAAUUCGUGGAGCAUAUAUUAAGUUCUACAAAAUAUAUUGAUAAAGCUGACCAAUAUGAUUACAUGAAAGGAUGGUUAGGAGAGGGAUUAUUAACUAGUACAGGGGCAAAGUGGAAAAAGCGAAGGCGCAUGCUGACUCCAGCUUUUCAUUUUUCCAUUUUAGAAAACUUUCUUGAAGUCUUUGACAGCGUUGGAGAUAUAUUUAUACAAAAACUUCGACGAGAAGUAGGGAAAAAGACUGUCGAAAUCAGCGAACCAGUAUCUCUUUACACGCUGGAUGUUAUAUGUGAGGCAGCCAUGGGGAUAAAGUUAAAUGCACAAACCGAUUCAACUUCUCCAUAUGUAAGAAGUACCAGAUCGAUGUGCUCCAUAAUUGUAGAACGAAUUUUAUCUCCUCUAGACCCUUCAUUGUAUCCUCUAACUCUAAACUAUUACCGUGAAAAGAUAGCUUUAAAAGUACUUCAUGCUUAUACCGAUAGUGUUAUCGACAAAAAAAUAUCUGAAAAAAAGAAAAAAACAGAAAUUUUAGUUGAUAAAAACACCAACAUUGGUAUAAAGAAAAAACAGGCCUUCUUAGAUUUGCUCCUAGAUUAUACAAUGGAUGGGGAACCUUUAUUAAGGACCGACAUUAGGGAGGAAGUUGAUACAUUUAUGUUUGAGGGCCACGAUACAACCUCGUCUGCCAUAAGUUUUGCAAUAUUUGCUUUGGCCAAUCAUCCUGAAGUUCAGGGAUCGAAGAUCUUUCCAAAACAUUCCACAGUUGUUCUAUUUUAUCUUCAGUUUAUAUUCAACGGCAUCUUCAUUUUGUCUGAAAAUCAGGAAAAAGCAUUUAUGGAACAAAAGGAAAUGUUUGGUAACUUUUCAGAUGCUAAACCCACUGUGUCUCAGUUUCAGGAUAUGAAAUAUUUAGACCUGGUAAUAAAAGAAACUCUAAGGUUGUAUCCUUCAGUACCUGUAUUAGGAAGACGAUUACCAGAAGAUAUGGAAUACGAUGGACAUCUACUUCCAAAGGGUAUGAAUAUCUUGCUGUCCACGUUUGCUAUGCAUCGAUGUAAAGAGUAUUUUCCAGAACCUCUUAAGUUUAUUCCAGAAAGGUUUGAAGAUGCAAAAUUAACAAAUCCAUACGUAUACACUCCUUUCAGUGCUGGUCCUAGAAAUUGCAUAGGUCAAAAAUUUGCAAUACUAGAAGUAAAAAGUACGCUAUCGAAAAUUUUAAGAAAUUUUGAAUUGAUGCCAGCUACGCCCGUUCAUGAACUUCAGCUAGCACCGCAGACUAUAUUAGUCUCUAAGAAUGGGAUUCGAAUAUCCAUUAAAGAAAGAAGCUAAUGAGUGAACUUCACUUUUUAAAAUAAAAAUUAGAGAAUGUUUUUAAUUAAUGUGUUGAAAUAAAACCUAAUACAAA